UUAAAUCACCAACUGUGUUUUCGAAAAAUCGAAAUUGGCAAAAAAAGAACUUUUUAAUUCAGAAUCAAAAUUAAUAAAAUUAAUUCAUAAUUAAGGCCUUUUCAAAGAGUAUAAUGCCACUAUUUGGAAAAUCUCAGAAGAGCCCAGCUGAGCUGGUUAAGGCUCUGAAAGAGGCUCUAAAAGCAUUAGAAACGUUAAAAGUUGGAGGUGAUAAAAAAGCCGAAAAGGCACAGGAAGAUGUCAGUAAGAAUUUGGUAUCGAUCAAAAACAUGCUUUACGGCACAUCAGAUUCAGAACCGCAGACGGAUAUUGUGGUAUCACAAUUAGCACAGGAACUGUACAAUAGUAACCUUCUUCUGCUACUAAUCCAAAACUUAAAUCGAAUUGAUUUCGAGGGCAAAAAAGAUGUUGCACAAGUGUUCAAUAAUGUACUUAGACGACAAAUUGGAACCAGAUCUCCAACAGUCGAAUAUAUAUGCACGAAACCUGAAAUUCUUUUUACACUCAUGGCGGGUUAUGAUCAUCAAGAAAUCGCACUUAAUUGUGGAACAAUGCUGAGAGAAUGUGCACGCUACGAAGCACUCGCUAAAAUUAUGCUUUAUUCCGAUGAAUUUUUCAAUUUUUUCCAAUACGUCGAAGUCUCAACUUUCGAUAUCGCUUCGGAUGCAUUCUCAACGUUCAAGGAACUGCUUACACGUCAUAAAAUCCUUUGUGCAGAAUUUUUGGAAGCAAAUUACGAUAAAGUGUUUACCCACUAUCAGCGGUUAUUAAAUUCCGAAAAUUAUGUCACUCGACGUCAGAGUUUAAAGCUUUUAGGCGAAUUAUUGCUUGAUCGUCACAAUUUUACGGUAAUGACGAAAUAUAUAUCAAAUCCAGACAAUUUGAAAUUGAUGAUGAAUAUGUUGAGAGAAAAAUCACGAAACAUUCAAUUUGAAGCCUUCCAUGUUUUUAAGGUAUUUGUGGCCAAUCCAAAUAAACCUAAGCCUAUAUUGGAAAUACUCUUGCGCAAUCAAGAUAAGCUUGUUGACUUUUUAACGCGCUUUCACACAGAGAGAAGCGAAGAUGAGCAGUUUAAUGACGAAAAAGCAUACCUUAUUAAGCAAAUCAAGGAACUAAAACCAAUUCAAUCAGAUGGUACAUCACAAUCUUCUCAACAGCAAUAGCCUAUUUAAAUUUUCAUUCUUAUUUUAUGAAAAUUCCUACUUUUCCUCC